GCCUGUCACCGCUGGGGAGCGUCGCCAAAGUCAGCCGCCGCCUGCACCACCCGCUGUCACCUCCGGGGAGCGUCGCUAAAAGCGCCACUGCACUCUCUUGAGGGUCACUGCCCUCUGUCCUCAGCCACCGGGGUCUGGGAGCUGGGCCGGCCGCGGCAGUUGGGCUUCGGAAUGGUUUGGCUCGGCCGCGGAAAAAGGAAGGGCACGGCUCUCCGACUUCAGGCAUCCCUGCCAUGGUUAAACUCAGGGAGCUUACAAAAACUACAUUUGGGAGCACUCGGCUGGAAAACUGCAGACAGACACUUUCCCGGACGGCGGCGAGGAGAUCGGGAGUGAACGAAUUAAGGACACUUGUGCGGAAGCAACCAUCAUCGCGCCCCUGUGAGGCAGAGGACAGUAAACAUAGUCGGGUCCAGAAGACAGCACUUCGCAUCCGCUCCCUAAACUUGGUCCCGCCUCCGUUUCUCCAUUCAGGCGGUGGAGUUGCGGCCGUGAGGGGUAAUCAACGCGCUGUUGGGGUACUGAACUUCCUGGAGGAGGCUGCCAAGCGGCUGAACUCUGUCGACCCGGUCAGGUUCACCAUCUCUAGCCGCACUGAUACCGGAGUGCAUGCCCUGAGCAACGCGGCGCACCUGGACAUCCAGCGCCGCCCAGGCCAGCAGCCUUUCUCACCAGAGGUCGUGACCAAGGCCCUCAACACCCACCUGAAGCACCCGGCCAUUCGUGUACUAAAGGCCUUCCGAGUGCCCGACGACUUCCACGCUCGACACGCAGCCACCUCCAGGACCUACCUAUACCGUCUGGCUACAGGCUGCUCCUGGCCUAAUCAACUGCCUGUGUUUGAACAAAAUGUAUGCUGGGCUCUGCCGACAGAAUACCUGAAUAUAGAGGCCAUGCAGGAGGCUGCCCAGCACCUCCUCGGGACACAUGAUUUUAGUGCCUUCCAGUCUGCUGGCAGCCCAGUCACAAAUGCUGUACGAACACUUCGAAGAGUCUCUGUGUCUCCUGGUCCAGCCAGUCCAUUUGUCCUCCCUCAGGAGAGCAGGAGGCUGCAGUUCUGGACCCUGGAGUUUGAAAGCCAAUCUUUCCUUUACAGACAGGUGCGGAGGAUGACAGCUGUGUUGGUGGCUGUGGGAUUAGAGACUUUGGCACCCACACAAGUGAAAGUGAUUCUGGAGAGUCAAGAUCCCUUGGGCAAGUAUCAGGCUCGAGUUGCCCCAGCCCAUGGCCUGUUCUUGAAGUCAGUGCUAUAUAACAACUUCGGACAAAGUCUGUGACCCAGUCAGUCAUGGUCUUCAUUUACUCAGAACACGCCAAAGCCCUGGUCCUCCUGCUGGGAAAACAGCCAGAGACAAGAGCGGUGGAUUACUGGUGCACACGACAGGUGAAGCGCAGUUGGUGCUCUGCCAGGCCCAACUCCUUGAGGGCUUGCUCUGAGGAUACCAGCCGGAAACUCUGUGAGGCAAAGGCAAACAGGUCACAGAAAGUAAUGAAUGCAAUACCCACCCUACCACUGUUUAUACACUUACACUGUCUUUCAUAAUUAGGGUACCAUGUAAAAGCCUAGGUUUUUUGGAUUCAGGCAACAGUCCUGUGAGGAACGGAAUAAUGCAGUCAACACAAGCCACCAGUUACCCAGCUUCCUUGACCCAUGUCCCAGUCUGCCCUUCAUACCCUGCACCACCCAUGUCCCAGUCUGCCCUUCAUACCCUGCACCAUCUCCCGCUUCAGCAAUCCUAGGGAGAUGCCCACGGGAAUGCUAGGGCUUGUGGGCAGCGUCACUGUCUCACCAUUGGCUGGCAUGUAGCAGCUGACCCCUGAGGAAAGUAAUAUGGAGUGUCAGUCUAGGCUGCCAGUCUUGUCUGCACCACCCUACCGUCUUCCCUGCCCACCAGCCACCUACGGAAUUCCUGCUCAAUCUUCUGCCUCAGGAACUCCAUCUUCUUGGCCUCACCAUGCACCAACAGCACAUUCUCUGGCUCUGCUUGUCCUACCAGUUGCAUGAUGCCCUUGGCAUCAGCAUGGGCACUGAAUGACAUGUAUUCCACUUGCAUCUUUACUUCCAGCUGUGGCAUCACAAGAUAUAAGCAGAGUUGGCAGCAGCAAGAGCCUAGAAAGCCUGCUGAACCAGGACAGGGAGGUACUCACCAUCUGGCGCCCCUCCAUUUCCAGUUUACGUUGCCCACUAAGGAUCUUGUGGCCCACAGUGCCUUGCACACAGUAGCCAGGCAUGAUGACCUGCAAGUAGAGGAAAUCUCGCUCUCUGCAGCGUUUGGAAUCUCGGAUGGUUGUGGCAUAUGUGGACUCUGUGAUGAGCAAGUUGGGGCGACACUUAUCAAUCCAUGCAGCCCUAGAACAGAGCAAUUCACUCAAGCCAAAUACUUCCACUGACCGUGUAGACCACAGACUCUGAGCCCACUUUAAUCUGGAACAUGGCUGCCCCCAGCACAUGGCCUGCAUAGUAUGCCUUGAUUUCCAGUUCAUCAUCCACCUGCAGAAGAAAGCAUGCUGUUAGGCCUGCAGAAUGGGAAGGCAGCAGGAAGUAGGUGAUUACCUUAACCCUGUCCAGUUAAUUCCUGUUUCUCAGAAGAAGUAUAGGGCAUAAGGGUUGUAGCAUAGUAAAAACAAAACCAGGUUAAGUACCUAAGGAUCUAGAAGCCACACUUCUAGACUAUACUAAGAAUACAAAUAAACCCCAAAUGCUACAAAAAAAAAACAAACAAAAAAAAAAAACUAAAAUUAGGAACUACAGAAACCCAAAUUAAGCUGGGUAUGGUUGUACAAACCUGUUAUCCUAGCACUCUAGAAGCUAGGUAGGGAGUUCAAGGCCAGCCUGAGGUACAUGGUGAAGUCCUACCUCAAAAAAGAAAACAAACAAACAAACAAAAAACAAUAGAAUUGGGCAUAGUGAAUAAAGUCAAGAGAAGGAAUGCAGGACUAAAUGUUGAAGCACUGCACAUGGCAUCAUUUAACUGUUAUCUUGGUUCUUGAAAGACUAAAGCAAGUCCAGAGUAUUUGAGGCCAGCCUGGGCUAUGCAGUAAGCCUCUGUCUGCCUCAAGCAAAAAAAAAAAAAAAAAAAAAAAAAAAAAAAAAAAAAAAAAAAAAAAAAAA